AUAAAAUAACAGGAAGAAGACUUCGGGCACUCGCAUAAUACUAAGCACGUGUAUAAUGGCGUCCCAUUCUGCAACAAAGAAAGCAAAAGUUGAUUGUGGUGUAGAUGACACCAUAUGCGGUUAUUUACACGGCGUUAGUCCCGUAAAACUUGCUCAGAAGAGUAGAAACAAAUACUUUCAUGCUACCAUUCAAGGUAGUCGGGAAAAGUUCCGCCGCGUGGUAGUGUUUGCACCAGACAAACACGAAGUGUUUAUUCGUGCUGAAAAGAACAAGAGCCCUGUUAAGUUAACGAACAUCAAAAAAUGUGUCAGUCGUGAUGGAGACGACUUUGAUGUUCAGUGUGGCAGAAGCACUGAUGUCAUUAUUACUGAUGUUGACUUCACUGUAAAAGAUCCACCUGAACGUUUAAAGAAAAGUGUUGCAGAGAUCAAUUUAAUGGCGCCAAAACAGCAGGUUGGCUGUUUUGAAGGUUUGGUUGUUCAUGUGAGUGAAACUACAGAAAUGAUAGAGUUUCAAGGCAGGCAAUGUGAAAUGCAAUCUUGCCAUGUGCAAGAUUACACUGGAAAUAUAAAGGUCCAGUUAUGGGAAGACCAAGUGGGAUGUUUGAUCAAUGGAAACACGUACAAAAUAUCCAAUUUAAGCACCAGAUCAUUUGGUGGAAAUUUGUAUUUGACAACCACAUUAGAUACUCAAUUCAACCAAAUUGCAGCUUUGCCUGGUGUCACUUGUAACAACACAGCAUUCAGUGUUGCUGAUACAGAGGUGUUAUCAGUGAUUGGAAGUAUUAGUGCUGUGGUCAUGAAUGUGGCACACAAGUGUGGAAAAUGCCAAAUGUGGCAAACUAAUUUUGAUGAUAAAGUCAAGUUUCAUCGUUGCCAAAGAUGUGGCAUGUUACAGAAGUCGUUGAAUUACCAGCCAACAGCCAAUGGCAAGAUGACCAUUGAUGGAGGGGGCACUGAGUACGAUGUAUCCAUUUCAAAUUCCUAUUUGAAAAGAUACUUGGAAAAAUGUGGCCUUUUGUCGUUGCUGCUGGAUCAUCAAGAUUUGGAAGAACAUUUCUUGGACAUUGGACAGUUAAAAUUUUUAAUUCAGGGCAAUGCAAUUACUUCAGUGGAAAAUGUUUGUUCUGCGUCAGUGGUUGGACAGCCUGAAGUAGGAGCUGGAGAUCUGGAAGAACUGGAAGAAGAUCUUGAAGCUUUUUUUGAACCAGCGGCCGGACGUUGCCCCGAACCAGCGGCCGGACGUUGCCCCGAACCAGCGGCCGGACGUUGCCCCGAACCAGCGGCCGGACGUUGCCCCGAACCAGCGGCCGGACGUUGCCCCGAACCAGCGGCCGGACGUUGCCCCGAACCAGCGGCCGGACGUUGCCCCGAAACUGUUACUGAACCAGCAGGAGCCAGACGCCCCAAAGCUGCGCCAAGACGUCCCAAAGCUUCGAAACUUGAAUGAACAGUAAAUUAAUGUUGUUCUUGUUGUUGCAAAACUUUGGGCUUCACUUUAUGCAGAUUUCAGAUCACUGUAUCUUUUUUGUAUUUUGUAGUUUCGUUUAAUUUUGAAUUAAACUUGUAACCACUUGUUCUUUUAGUUUGUUAAAUACAUGCAGAUUAUUCACUCUGUAAUUUUAUAAUAUGUAAAAAGUUGUUUAAACUAUGUUCAGCACUUUAUUAUAAUAUCCUUAUUCUUAAGUUUUUUUAAUAAAGAAUGUCA